GUUUUUAUUUUGCUGUGCACAAAUUGUUGAAAAUUAUUUAAUUAUUAUUUAAAAAGCCAAAUAUUCGUCAUUGCAAGACAUCACAGAAAGUUGCCGCGACAAUACUGUAGUAGAAGAAUGACAUGUAUCUUAAAAAAGGACAUUUCGAGAUAAAGAUUCCAUAAGACGGCCUCAAAAUGAUGCACUACCGCAAGGCCGAGAAUGUGGAAAAGGAGCUGAGCAAGAGCGAUUUGCCCUUCGAGGACUGCAUGCCAACCUCGCAAAAGGAUUUCCUUUGGAUGCAUGUGAAAGGCGGCACAAAAGUGAGCAAUGUGAUUGAGUUUGCCCAGGCCUCACUCAACAAGGGCGAACACAGAUGCGUGGUGUGGAGCGGUUCCGGUGGCGGAGUGGUCAAGACCAUAUCCUGCGCAGAGGUGCUCAAGAGGAGCCACCCUGUCUACCAGGUGACCCGCAUGGCCUACACCAGCGUGGAGGAGCACUGGAAGCCGCAGAUGGAGGGUCUCGAGGAGAUCAUCGUCAACCGCCAGAUACCCACCCUGCACAUCCUCAUGAGCCUGGACGAGCUGCCGGACAGUAUAGAGGGUUUACAGAAGCCAAACACAUCCACCGAUUUCUGGGAGGGCGGAGGGGCUAAUCCGAAGCCACAACACCACCAGCAGCAGCAACAACAACAACACCAAGGUAGCUCCAGUCGGCCAAGCAAACGAAACAGAUCCGGACGCAAUAAACCAUCUCAACAACACGGAAGACCUGUGGCAGAAGAGAACCAACCGACCAGUCAAAGUCAGGGUCAAGGUUGAGAUAAACCAUAUUACCAACUACGAUUGUGGAAAUUCCUUUAUUUGCCCUUUGUAAGGAUAUACAAAUAAAGUCUAGUUUAUCACAAGA